UGUUCGGAGUGUGCGCUACCCGAAGCUGGUCACUCACUGGAUUCGUCAGGCUUAAUUUCGUACAUGGUAUGGGAUUGGACAAUUGAUGUGGCAUCUAUAAUGCUGUGGGUCAUCAUAAUCACUCGGUUGUAUGCCAUGUAUCAGCGAUCUAGAAAAAUCCUGAUAUUCCUCAUUGUCACCUUCCUGGCUGUCAACAUUUUUGACAAAGUGGUCACCGUAAUGAUAACGAUGCAAGUUUCAGGAGAGGAGUUCAUUCUCUCCGGCACUUAUCAGUGCGAGGUUGACUAUCCAGAAAACAUCCUACUUCUUAUGUCUGCUAGUUGGAUACUCAGCACCGCGUGGGAGGUCCUCACACUAUGUCUCGCAAUCUGGAUUGCGGUCAAACACUUCCGUGAAAUGCGACAACAUUCAGAAGUAGGAAUUUUCGAGGACUGUUUCAUAGUGUUGAUGAAAACUCACAUGAUUUACUUUGCGAGCUUUGUUGCUGUUUCUUGCUUCGAGCUCAUUGGUGAUUUCACUCCAGCAUUAUUAACGGCCAAUUCCCUGGGCACUCAGAUUGUCUUUGGGUUUAUUCAGAUCUUGGGGGUCGUGCAGACGUUUGUGUUGGGACCGCACCUGAUCCUUGGUGUUCGAGAAUAUCACGCUAAGCUCGUUGCCGAUGCCGACACAGCGACUGGUAUGACCUCGAUCGCUUUUCAGGAGCGUGUGCAUAUAUCGACUGGCAGUGGUGUGUGAUGGUUGGUGAAGUUACUGGCUAUCUUGUACUCUAAAAAAGCAGGGGAUUUUACUUUUAUUCAUUCCCACUUUCGUGAUGGUGUUUAUUUGGU